AUGGCUUUUUCUCUCCCUUACAUUCACAAAAUUUCUCCAAACAAAAGCUCAACUAUUCUGGCUUUCAAGGUAUAUGAACCCAUGCAUGCCUAUUGUAGUUUCCACAAUAAAACCAAAUUUACUCAUAUUUCUAAAACUGUAAAAGCCAAGGAAGCUCUUCAUAUAAAACAUGCUAAAGCAUUGGAUGAAGUCAAACGUUUAUUUGUUCGCCAAAGUACAGAUGAACGUUUAUCUAUGGUGGACUCAAUCCAAAGAUUAGGCAUUGAAUAUCACUUUGAAGAUCAAAUUGAAGCAACUCUUCAAAGGAAGUAUACGAUGCUUAGAUUUCAUAGAAUCCAAGAACUGUCGCAAGUUGCAUUCCAAUUUCGUAUGUUAAGACAACAAGGAUAUUACAUUCGCCCAGACAUAUUUGAUAUUUUCUGGGACAACAGAGGCAAACUCAAGGAUACAUUUUAUAAGGAUAUAAACGGUUUAAUUGCAUUGUUUGAAGCCUCUCAAUUAAGCAUACAAGGAGAAGAUUAUCUUGAAAGUGCAGGACAGUUCUGCCGCGAGUAUCUUAAUGAGUGGUCUUCGACGUUUCAUGACCAUGCUCAAGUGAAUUUUAUUGCACAAACAUUGAUGUGUCCUAUUCAUAAAACUUUGUCAAGAUUCACACCAACAAUAAUUCAAUCACAAAAUGUAACAUGGACAAAUUCUUUACAACGACUUUCCAAAAUUGACACUCAAAUGGUUUCCUCUCUACAUCUCAAGGAAAUUUUUGCAGUUUCCAAGUGGUGGAAAGACUUAGGUUUGUCAAAGGACUUGGAAUUUGCUAGAGAUGAACCGAUUAAAUGGUACAUGUGGACUAUGGCGUGCCUUCCAGAUCCACGUCUCUCAGACGAAAGGGUCGAGCUCACAAAGCCUUUAUCUCUAAUCUACAUCAUUGAUGAUUUAUUUGAUAUUUAUGGAAACGUUGAUCAACUCACUCUAUUUACAUAUGCUGUUAAGAGAUGGGAUCUGGCAGCCAUUGAACAAUUACCAGACUGCAUGAAAGCAUGUUUUAAGGCUCUCUAUGACACAACCAAUGAAUUUGCACUUAGGACACAUCUUAAAACAGGAUGGAAUCCUAUAAGUUCAUUGAUAAAAUCGUGGAUAAAACUCUUGAAUGCAUUUCUGCAAGAAGCAAAAUGGUUUGCUUCCGGGCAUGUUCCAACAUCGGAGGAGUAUUUGAAGAAUGCAAUAGUGAGCACUGGUGUGCAUGUGAUCCUUGUUCAUGCUUUCUUUUACAUGGGCCAAAAUAUAACUGACAAAACUGUUUCUAUAAUUGACGACUUCCCAACCAUCAUAUCUACAACUGCAACAAUCCUACGACUUUGUGAUGAUCUCGAAGGUGAUAAGGAUGUUAAUUGUGAUGGCAAUGAUGGAUCAUAUUCAAAGUGUUACAUGAAGGAUAACCCAAGAGUUAGCAUUGGACAAACAAGAGAACAUAUAAGGAAACAAAUUUCAGAUGCAUGGAAACAACUCAACAAAGAAUGUUUGAACACAAAUGAGUUACCUUCAUCUUUUACUAAACUUUGUCUCAAUGCUGCAAGGAUGGUACCUGUGAUGUAUAGUUAUGAUGGCAAUACUCCUUCAAAGCUACAGAAGUAUGUGAAAUCGUUGCUUUCUAAUGAUUGUGGUUACUUAUAA